AUGAGAGAUGAGAAUUCCAAGAAAAGCAAGCUCUCAUGGUCAAAGAAAAUGGUCAGAAAGUGGUUCAAUAUCAAGAGCAAAACUGAGGACUUUCAGGCAGAUGAUGUUGUUUCUGGAGGAGGUGAUCAGGUCGAAUACAGGACUAGCUUCUCAGAGAGGGAACCGUGCACAAUUAAGAAAAGCAAGACAGAGAAAUUUAGCAAGAACCCAGAGCAGGUCCGUCGACGAAAAAUGAAUCUUGACCAUCCUCGAAUCAUAGAUGUAGAAAACCAUAGCAUUUUUGUUGCUACAUGGAAUGUGGCUGGAAGAUCUCCACCAAGUAAUUUAAAACUAGAUGAAUGGCUUCAUGCCUCACCUCCUGCAGACAUUUAUGUUCUUGGAUUUCAAGAGAUAGUUCCCCUAAAUGCUGGUAAUGUUCUGGGAGCAGAAGACAAUGGCCCUGCCAAGAAAUGGCUGGCUCUCAUUCGAAAGACUUUAAACAAUCUUCCCGGUACCAGCGGGGGUAGUGGGUGCUAUACACCAUCUCCCAUCCCUCAUCCAAUUGUAGAACUACAUGCAGAUUUUGAAGGAUCAAGUAGGCAGAAGAGCUCUUCUUUCUUUCAACGCCGAUCAUUCCAGGCAACCCAAAGCUGGAGAACGGAGAAUGACCCUUCAAUCUCACAACCUCGACUUGAUCGAAGGUUCAGUGUUUGUGAUCGGGUGAUCUUUGGUCACAGGCCAAGUGACUAUGAUCCCAGUUUCAGAUGGGGUCAUAGGCCAAGUGACUAUUCAAGGCCGAGCGACUACUCAAGGCCAAGUGACUACUCAAGGCCAAGUGACUAUUCCAGGUGGGCUUCGUCUGAUGAUGAUAAUGGACCAGGUGAUUCACCAAGUACUGUUUUAUUCUCACCAAUGUCCUAUGGUGGAUCUGCAUCCAAUGAAAAUGGAUAUAGAAUGCCAGGAGGGCAUUCAAGGUACAACUUAGUUGCAAGCAAGCAAAUGGUUGGCAUCUUUCUUACAGUAUGGGUCAGGAGUGAACUGAGGGAUUAUGUUCAAAACAUGAAAGUAUCAUGUGUUGGAAGAGGAUUGAUGGGUUAUCUUGGGAAUAAGGGAUCCAUCUCAGUAAGUAUGUCUUUGCACGAUACAACCUUUUGCUUUGUUUGUACUCAUUUAACAUCGGGACAGAAGGAGGGUGAUGAACUAAGAAGGAAUUCAGAUGUCAUGGAAAUCCUUCGGAAGACCAGGUUUCCGCGGGUUAAUGGCUCCCGUGCACUGAAAUCCCCAGAAACAAUCCUGGAGCAUGAUCGAGUUAUAUGGCUUGGGGAUUUGAAUUAUCGAAUUUCCCUCUCGUACCGCUCUGCUAAAGCGUUAGUUGAGAUGCAAAAUUGGAGGGCCUUGUUAGAGAAUGACCAGUUACGGCUAGAGCAGAAACGUGGUCGUGUCUUUGCUGGCUGGAAUGAGGGGAAGAUUUAUUUUCCACCAACUUACAAGUAUUCAACUAACUCAGACAGAUACGCAGGGGAUGAUAUGCACCCAAAGGAGAAACGUCGAACACCUGCUUGGUGUGAUCGAAUAUUGUGGUAUGGUGAAGGUCUCCAACAAUUAUCUUAUGUCCGUGGGGAAUCUAGGUUCUCAGAUCACAGACCAGUUUAUGGUGUAUUUUGGGCUGAGGUUGAGUCAAGCCAGAGCCGGUUGAAGAAAAGCACGAGUUAUUCUAGUUCCAGGAUUGAAGUGGAGGAGCUUCUUCCAUAUUCUCAUGGAUAUACUGAGCUAAACUUUUUCUGA